AUGGCGUUCCCGGUGGACUUCCCGCCGGAGCUCCUCGCGCACAUCCUCGCGCAGCUGUCAUAUGACGACGUGCUGUUCGGCGCGCAGCGCGUGUGCAAAGGGUGGAAGCGGAUGGUGGAGAGCGACCCCGUGCUGCAGACGCGGAUGUUUAGGAGGGCGAGCAAGGUGUAUGUCGAUGUCGGAUUGGACGAAGCGGAGAUGGUGGCUGGGAGCGAGCCCGUCGUGUUCCACCCGCUUGUGAACGUUGUCUCGUACAGACUGGGCGGGGUGGGUGCGCCGCGGCCGUGCGUGUACCUGCACGUGAAGUCCCUCCGGCUGUUCGCUGCCGCCCCUGGCUCGGGUGAUGACGAUGACGAGAAGAAUGACAGCCACUGGCAUAGCAAAUUCUUCCUUCCGCCCGACGCCUCCGCGGAAGACAUCGCCGCCAACGCGGCCCUCAUGGAAGAGCUCGAUAAUUAUGACGAUGACGGCUUCAAUAUUAAUCCCACCGACCAGGACAACGACGAACUUGAAGCCGCGUACAUCAUGGGCGGCCUCGACGGCAACGGCAACGUCAACGACGACGAUGACAAGAACACAGACAAGUGGGGGGAGCUGGCGGCGUACGCGGCGGCGGACGAGCUGGCGACAAUACCCGCGGUCUACACAGCCACGCUGAUCGCGGAGACGGAAGAGGAUGCAGAGGUGCCUAUCGAGGUGGAGAACGCGAAUGGGAUCACCGUGCGCGACAUAUUUGAUGCGCUCGAGCGGGCCGCGACGCAGGAGGUGCAGACGGGGGAGGGUCCGAUGCCAUUGCACGACGCGGUGCACGGCGGGUUUUACGAGGGGCUCACGCGGGUGGAGCGCAAGGGCCGCCAUCUCAAGGCGUACAUUUACUUCGGGUCGUAG